GAUUGGCGUAGAAAUCAGGCUUGGUGUUAUAACGUCACCUUCCUGGUCAAUGUAAAACGUAUUGUAAGUAGGAGUUUUGUUAAGUCUUCUUUAUCUGUAAUCUCAAGUAACGUUAUUUUCCAUCUCAUAAUUAGCCGUAUGAGGAACGCGCAUGGCUUCACACGUGCAGAACGACAUCUCAGCCGGCUUCCUACACGAGUUCAAAUCAUUCGCCACAGACGCGAUCCACGUUGGGUCAGAACCGGAGCAAUGGAACUCUAUGGCCGUAGUGCCCCCUAUUUCAUUGUCUACCACGUUUAAACAACACGGUCCGGGAAAACAUGCGGGUUUUGAAUACAGCAGGAGUGGAAACCCCACACGCAAUUGUCUUGAAAGAGCAGUUGCUGCUUUGGAUGGUGCAAAAUACUGUCUCGCUGUUGCCUCUGGGUUAGCUGCCACUUUGACCAUCACACAUUUGUUAAAGGCUGGAGAUGGAAUUGUGUGCAUGAAUGAUGUCUAUGGAGGUACUAACCGAUAUUUCAGAAAAAUUGCAGCUGAAGUGGGCCUUGAUGUGUCAUUUGCAGACUGUACAGAGCUAGAUCUGCUAAACGCAGCUCUAAAACCAAAUACAAAGAUGGUGUGGAUUGAAACUCCCACAAACCCUACAAUGAAGGUUGUGGACAUUCAGGCCUGUGCAGACGUUGUCCAUGAGCACAACAAAGACACAAUUGUUGUUGUGGACAACACCUUCAUGUCAGCCUAUUUUCAGCGCCCCCUUGCCCUUGGAGCGGAUAUCUGCAUGUACUCUGCAACAAAAUACAUGAAUGGACACAGUGAUGUUGUCAUGGGGUUGAUUUCUCUCAACCACGAUGACCUUUAUGAACGACUAAAAUUUUUGCAGAAUGCACUUGGAGCUGUGCCCUCCCCGUUUGACUGCUAUAUGUGUAAUCGAGGUCUGAAGACACUACACCUCAGGAUGAAACAGCACUUUAAGAACGCAUUGGCUGCGGCACAGUUUCUGGAGGCUGACCCAAGGGUGGACAAAGUCAUCUUCCCAGGUCUUCCGUCUCACCCUCAGCAUGAGCUGACAAAGAGACAGUGCACAGGCUGUCCCGGGAUGAUCACCUUCUACAUCAAAGGGAAACUGGAGCAUGCCAGCACAUUUCUAAGCAAUCUGAAGCUGUUUGCUCUUGCUGAAAGUCUUGGUGGUUAUGAGAGUCUAGCAGAGCAUCCUGCGAUUAUGACUCACGCUUCAGUCUGUGAGAAUGAGAGGACGAAGCUGGGUAUCUCCGAUACGCUCAUUCGUCUGUCUGUGGGGCUUGAGGAUGAGGAAGAUAUUAUUGCAGACUUAGACCAAGCCCUCAGUGCUGCUCAUGCCAAAAAAUGAGGUAAUCCAAGAUCCAAUCAGGAUAGUCCUGGAACAAAAAUACCGUCACAUCUGGACCAGAUCAGGACAUGUUUUUUGGCACAUUUUUAAUUCACUUAAAGUGUUUGACAGUUACGCUUGAAAAACAUUGAUUGCAAUUAUCAGGGAACAAAUUUGUUCAACAAAUCCAGCUAUUUCACAGAUCAGGAAUUUGCCAUUUUUACUCUUUCAACAUACAGUACUUAUUCAGAUUACAUGCUCUGAAUACUGAAUUUGCUGCUUAUGCAUUUCUAUCUAUUGUAAUUAUUGCUUGGUGAGACAGCGGGAUGCUAAAUAGGCCAAGCUCUAUUACAGUUUUAAUAAGGGAAAAUGUCAAUACUGCAAAAAGGGAGACCUAAUAUCACCCAAUUCUUUUUAUCUUUUUACUCUUUAUAUUUAGACUGUUUGAGUGAGUGGAAUCAGCAAGUGCUUGAUUUAGGAUAAAUUUCAAUGUGCAAUUGACACCUACUUCUGCUUUUAGAACCACACACAAAUGCGCAAUAGUCUGUUCUUUGCAUCAAAGAUGCACAUCCGCAAUAUUUCUAAUCAACUUUCAUUGCUCCGUUCAGAUCAUAGAACAUGUCUUGAUGUUUCAGCUUGAUAAAUUGUGGAAGGGUCUUGUUUGAACCUUUGUUUGUGCUUCCAGACCCAUUAAAGGCCAUUUGAAGUC